UCAUCAUGUCAGGAAGCUACACUCCUGUUGCUGGUGGUCCCUUCUCCGCUCUCACGCCUAGUAUAUGGCCUCAGGAGAUCCUAGCAAAAUACACUCAGAAAGAAGAAUCUGUUGAGCAACCCGAGUUCCGAUAUGAUGAAUUUGGCUUCCGAGUAGACAAAGAAGAUGGCGCUGAGCCAAAUUCCAGCAAGCUCCUGGGGAUCCCACUGACCGAAGAGCCACAACAGAGACUCAAAUGGCAAGCCCAUUUAGAGUUCACACACAACCAUGACGUGGGAGACCUCACGUGGGACAAGAUUGAAGUCACGCUUCCACGCUCAGAUAAGCUGCGGUCGUUAGUUCUGGCUGGCAUUCCGCACAGCAUGAGGCCGCAGCUGUGGAUGCGACUGUCAGGAGCUCUACAGAAGAAAAGAAAUACAGAGAUGUCUUACCGAGAAAUUGUGAAAAACAGCUCAAAUGAUGAGACUAUCGCUGCCAAACAAAUUGAAAAAGACUUGCUUCGCACCAUGCCCAGCAAUGCCUGCUUCUCCAACAUGAACAGCAUCGGAGUACCACGGCUACGCAGAAUACUACGGGGACUGGCUUGGCUGUACCCAGAGAUUGGCUAUUGUCAAGGCACUGGCAUGGUAGUGGCUUCCCUGCUUCUCUUCUUGGAAGAGGAAGAUGCCUUUUGGAUGAUGUGUGCCAUCAUUGAAGAUCUGGUGCCUGCCUCCUACUUCAGCACCACCCUGAUAGGGGUGCAGACCGACCAACGUGUCCUGCGCCAUCUCAUUGUGCAGUACCUGCCACGGCUGGACAAACUUCUACAGGAGCAUGACAUUGAGCUGUCCUUGAUCACCCUGCACUGGUUCCUUACGGCAUUUGCUAGUGUGGUGCACAUCAAGCUGUUGUUACGAAUCUGGGACCUCUUCUUCUACCAGGGCUCCAUAGUUCUGUUCCAGACCACACUGGGCAUGCUCAGCAUGAAGGAAGAUGAACUAAUCCAGUCAGAGAACUCUGCAUCCAUCUUCAACACACUCUCAGACAUCCCUUCUCAGAUUGAAGAUCCAGAUGUGCUCCUGCAGGAGGCCAUGCGGGUUGCUGGAUCGCUGACAGAUAUGGCAGUGGAGACACAGCGUUGCAAGCACCUUGCUUACCUCAUUGCAGACCAAGGGCCGCUGCUGAGCCCCAGCGCUUCUGUUAACCUGUCCAAGAUUGUACGACGCAGGACACAGCGCAGGAAAUCUGGGAUCACUUCGCUGCUUUUUGGGGAAGAUGAUGUGGAGGCACUGAAGGCUAAGAACAUUAAGCAAACAGAGCUGGUAGCAGACUUGCGUGAGGCCAUCUUGCAAGUGGCGCGGCAUUUCCAGUGCGUGGACCCCAAGAGUUUCAGCAUAGACCUAACUCCAGAUUAUACCAUGGAAAGCCACCAACGUGACCACGAAAGCUACGUGGCAUGUUCCCAGAACCGGCGGCGACGGGCCAAGGCACUGCUGGAUUUUGAGCGCCAUGAUGACGAUGAACUGGGCUUCCGCAAGAACGACAUCAUCACGAUAAUUUCCCAGAAGGACGAGCACUGUUGGGUGGGAGAGCUGAACGGCCUGAGAGGCUGGUUUCCUGCAAAGUUUGUGGAGGUCCUAGAUGAACGCAGCAAAGAGUAUUCCAUUGCUGGAGAUGACUCUGUCACUGAAGGUGUGACAGACUUGGUUCGGGGGACGCUCUGUCCAGCCCUCAAGGCCAUAUUUGAACAUGGGCUGAAGAGACCAUCUCUGCUGGGGGGGCCCUGCCACCCCUGGCUUUUCAUUGAAGAGGCUGCUGGGCGUGAAGUAGAACGAGACUUUGACUCUGUGUAUUCUCGUCUUGUGCUCUGUAAAACAUACAGGUUGGAUGAAGACGGGAAAGUUCUAACUCCAGAAGAGUUGCUGUAUCGAGCUGUGCAAUCAGUAAAUAUGUCACACGAUGCAGCACAUGCCCAGAUGGAUGUGAAGCUUCGCUCUCUCAUCUGCAUUGGACUCAAUGAGCAGGUGCUGCACCUGUGGCUGGAGGUGUUGUGCUCCAGCCUGCAAACAGUGGAGAAAUGGUUCCAUCCCUGGUCAUUCCUGCGCAGCCCUGGCUGGGUACAGAUCAAGUGUGAGCUCAGAGUCCUCAGUAAGUUUGCAUUCAGCCUUUCACAGGAUUGGGAACUCCCUAUCAAGAGAGAGGAGAAGGAAAAGAAACCACUGAAGGAAGGUGUUCAAGACAUGCUUGUGAAGCACCACCUGUUUAGCUGGGACAUAGACGGGUGACUCAUUGGGUUCAAUUGAGACUACUUAGGUGACAUCAAACACCCAGCAUAUGAU